GUUGCAAGUACCUGGUUCAAUCCUCACAGCCUGCACUUUGUGUUCCUUAGCAACACCCUUAAGGGGCAAUUGCUCCCUGGGCAUUGCACACGGGCAGCCCACUGCACUCCAAAGGGAUAGGAUAAAAUGUAGAUGUUAAUAUGUGCAUUGUGGGAUCAAUAUAUCAUCAUUAUUAUUAUUAUUAUUAAUGGCAGCAUUGCUUCUGUGGUUUAUGUAAAAGUAAAUCCUGGCAUCCAAAAAUGGAUUGAUGACAAACUGUAUUUUUUUUUUUACACUGAUUAUGUCUGGUUCCUGUAUUGUUACGUAUAUCUAUUGAUGUAAUGGGUCCAAGACUGAAAUGUCUAAAUUUCCUUUGUUGAAUGUGUGUUUGCAGAUGCCCCGAUUAAAGUCUCACAAACGUUCUGAAGCUGCUCGUCGCAGAAUAGAAGUGCAGCGUAUCGGGAUUCAAAGGCCUUCUUGCCGUUUUGUUCCACGUCAUGGUACUGGGAUGCGACACAAAGUGACAGAUUGGCCAAUUAGUGCUAUUACUAAUCGCUGUCAUAAGUUGGUCAUUUCUGAAAAGACACAUGAUAAGAAGUUUGUUCUUAUUAUUGGAGAUUCACAUCUACGUGCUAUAGCAGAUGGAUAUGUUCCUUUGCGCAAUACACGCAUUGCCUUUGGAAUCAUGUCAACUGCAGGAGCAUCUGCAAAAGAUCUUCAGCGUGAGGUCAUGCAUGUGACUUUGCCACGUGAACCUGAUGCAAUAUGUGUGAUGGCACCCUCCAACAAUCUAAUUUCCAGCAAAACUCCAGAGGAGGCGGGACUUGCAUUUGAGAAGUACCUAAAAGCGGUCCUAAGUCGCUGGCCUAAUAAGGUUUUUUGUACUGCCAUGGUCCCACGCUUAACAGAGUCAGCUGAAAAACAGAUGUUUUUCCAGCAGGAAUUCCACCGCAGGUCAAAAUCUUUAGGAGUGAAGUAUCAUUGUAUCAAUGAUGAAUUCCCCAUGCACCGUGUUCAUCUUUGGUCCUAUGAUGGUGUCCAUCUCAGUGAUGACUUUGGGAUGCCUGUUUUGUCAGACCAGCUUUGCAGUGCAUCAUAUAACUUUUUAAACACAAUGGAAGUGCCACAACUGGUGCAAAGACAAUCAUCUCAAAUCUACCAACCUAGAUUUGCACCUCGUGUGGUUGUGAAAGGGUUGGAACGUGCUACUCCUUCACCUCUAUCUGAAUGGACAGUAGUGGGGUUGGGUAAAAAGACAAGUUGUUCUGUAGAGGGCCAAGAGAACAAAUACAUUCCUUUGAAUCCAAGACGAUUUUCACCUGACAUGUUGGUUGGUAUGGAAGAGGUUUGUCCAUCCUCAGAUGAUGAUGUCUACACAGACCAAGAGGUUUCAUGUACUCCAAUGGUGACCAUUCCUAUAAAUAUGGAGAAUGUCACUCCUGAGAAGAAAGACAAGUCAAAACAACAGCAGGUGUUUUCCUUUGAUGGAAAACCGUCACCCAGUCAUGGGGAGUCCAUUGAGUGUCCAACUGCAAGUCCAGUGAAUGCAAAUGAACAUGAGAUGGGUGAGUAUAGGGGUGAUGGAAAGCGAAGACAAACACCAACAGGUCAGGCUGUUUCACCCAUCCUGUGCAUUUGUUCAGAGGUUUUGCCAACAGCUGUUAUUGCUGGUAGACAUGUUCACAAUCAUAAAACUUGUGUUGAUCUUGAUGCCAUAAGGGCAAGUGCAAAUUGUAGCAGCAAUUAAGCACCAAAUGUCUCCCAUU